AUGUGUGGCGUAGCUAUAGUAGGAUCAGGUGCAACAGGGCCCUGGUUACCCAGAGCUAAUGGAGAAUUCUUGAGGGAGGGAGAGAAUAUGAGGGAGCUAGAGGUCUGCAGUGGGGUGCGAAGCGUGGAGGGAGGCACGCGGGAGCGCGGUCGUCUCAAAAUAACCAGCGUAUUUCGGUCGCCCCCCGCCCCGGCGAACCGGCGCUCGCGCAGCGGCCGAGCGCCUCGUCUCCGCACUACCCGCUAA